UUGUGUUUUUUUAGGGUUUAGAGAGAGAGAGAGAGAGAGAGAUGGCGAAGUUCAAUGUGAUCCAGAAGAAGAAGAGAGCGCAAUCGGCAGAGCGGAAGAGAGCCAUUCAUGGAGACCCAUCUAGUCGGAAGUUGAAGGUGAAGCCCCAGAACCAAAGUGUCUCCGGCAAGCGCAAGCGCAAGCUCUUAAAAAAAUGGCGCCGAGACCAGAAGGACGCCGCCGACAAAGGCCUUUUGACUAUGCAAGAUGUUGAAAUGGCUGCUGCUGAUGGAGAAGAAUCAUCUAAAACUGCCGAUAAAACUUCUACCAAGUUUCCCAUGAAGAGGGCUUUGAAACUUAAACAACAGCUCAAGCACAAAGGCAAAGGUAAGAACAAAAAGAAAUCAUCCAAGGCGACUACUGAAGCUUCAGCUGAUGCCAUGCUUGAAUAGUUGAUCAAAGUAGCAACCAAGCAUAAAAUGCCUAUUAGGGGUUGCUUCAAUUUUAACUUCUUGAUGUAAAAUCAUUUUCCCUUUACAGUUAUAACUAGAUUAUUUGGUUUUUUUUUUUCCAAAGUAGAAAAAUGAGGAAGUUUAUAUAAUUUUAAGUCAAGAUUUUGAGUGAACUCUUUAGUUGGUCUCUCUAGUCUCUAGUCUCUAUAUAAAGCAUUGCAAUUUUUUGCAUUCAAUUAUGUGUCUUUACUCUUGUUUGUUAUGUGGGAAAGUUAAGUGAGACGAUGAUGACUAUUUGGUUGGUUGGUGCUCGUGACUGAGUAUCUUCUUAUUCUAAAAUAUUGAAUUUGAAAGUUCAUAUUUCUUUGA